AUGCCACCCCGCCCACCACUUCUCCUGCGCUCAAUCGCCCGCCCAACACCAUGGCCCUACCACACCUAUCCUCACCGCACCCUCCCACUGCGCCUCCCACAAACAGCUCUUUUCCACACGACCUCCCCCCGCCGCGCUGACGCCCUCCCAAACCACUACGCAACCCUUGAUCUCCCCCAAUCUGCCACCCCCGCCGAAAUAAAACGCCAAUUCUACACACUCUCCAAGAAAAACCACCCCGACCACAACCGCGACGACCCCACCGCCUCCACGCGCUUUGUCGCAAUCAGCGAGGCGUACCACACCCUCAGCGUCCCCGAAAAACGGCGCCAGUAUGACUCCCAACUCCACCAAAGUGAGCGGCGCGCAGGCGGCCAGGGGUAUCCGCAGGGCAGCUACUCCUCCGCAGCGUACGGCGCGCGCCCCGCGUCCGGGCUGAACAAGAAACGCAGCACAUUCCGCGGCCCGCCGCCGUCGUUUUACAAGGCCGGUGGUUACGGGGAGCAUGGUGCGAAGCGCGAGCAAUACGCGUAUUCGUAUGCAGACGGCAAGGAGGAGGCGCCGAACGAGAGCUAUGGGGAUUUUGGAAGCGGGUUUGGGCCCGGGCAGCAGAGGCAGGGGCGGCAUGUGCCGCACUUUAAUGAUCGCAGACACAAAGAGACGCAUGAUAGUGUGAAUGAGCAUAUUUGGGGGCGCAGGAGGAGGGCCAAUCCGUCGGUGAGGGUCGAGGAGGAUUACAUGAAGGGCGACAUGUGGGUGAAUUUUGUGGUUGUGUCGGGUGUGAUUGGGUUUAUUGGCGCGAUGAUUAAGAUCUUUGGCGAUCGGAAUGAGGCGAGGGAAAAGAAGCGUGGGAACGAAUUUUAG